UAUAAUUGGUUAUAAUUCUCUCACGUGGACGUGCCAAAGUUGCCACGGCUUAUUGUAUUUUUAUUUUUCCCAAAAAUCUCCCGUAAUAAUAAUAACAAUUAACAAUACUUAAAAAACGAUGAGUCAAAUAAAAGUAAACUGUGAGGAGAUAUCGCCGAAGGCAUAUCCACUGGCGGAGCCAACAUUGACUAUAAAGAUUCUGAAUCUGGUGCAGCAGGCAAUGAGUUAUGGACAGCUGAAAAAGGGGGCAAACGAGGCCACAAAAUCCUUAAAUCGUGGUCAGUCCGAGUUUAUAGUGAUGGCUGCAGACACUCAGCCGCUGGAAAUCCUUCUGCACUUGCCACUGCUGUGCGAAGACAAGAAUGUACCUUACGUUUUCGUACGGAGUAAACAAGCCCUAGGACGAGCCUGUGGGGUCUCCAGGCCAGUGGUAGCCUGCUCAGUAUUGAUUGAUAACGGUUCGCAAUUAAAAACACAAAUCAGAGCCAUCCAGCAAGAGAUUGAGAGACUUUUAAUCUAAAUAAAAUUGAUAUAUUUGUUAUUUUUACAUACCUCAAUAGUAUCAUGUAAUAUAAAUCUUGCUGUAAAUGAUUAAUAUGAAAGAAUAAAAGUCUCACUGUGCUAUUUAUAAGAAGAAUCAAUGCAUUACUUAAUUUAUAUGUAUGAAAUUUUACAAAAUUAAGACAAAAAGUUGAACAAUUUAAAUGUAUUUAAAUGUCUGUUCUUUAUGUACACACUUCUGACAUGCAGAAAUAAAAAUUUGAAAAAUAAUUCAA